AUUGCACAGUUUAUUUUAAUUCAUCAAUUGUUGAUCUAUGGUUUGAUUUUCACAAUAAUUUCCUAAUAAUCAGAUAAUGACUCAAGAAGAGGAAGAUCAGAAAAGAUGAGAGGAAAAGGAAAUGAUUGAUUUUUUGUAAAACUUGAAAGACAACGAUCGAAACUGACCUUGCGCUCUAACAUGUCCAAAGUGCCUUUUAAUAUGUUUAAAGUGUCUUUCUGGUGCUGAAGGAGUUUAACAAAAUUGAUUGUUGAGAGUGAAAAAGUGAUUGACUGAUGAUCUUUCAUCUGUUCACAAUUAAAGAUUCAAUUGGAAAUUCAAGUUAAAUUCAUUCAGUAAUUUGAAAUUACUGCUAAAUGAUCAAUUACUGUAUCCAUGGUGAUUGAAUCUUAUUCCGUGAUUCCAAUAAUUUAUGAACAGAAAUUAUAAAAUUUCCAAAACUUAAUGAAUAAUAAACGUUAGUGUUUAUUUCAAAUUGUAAUUCGCUUUUUGUAUUAAUGUCUUCUUAUAAUAUCUUAAUUACUUGUAUCUGUGCAUCAGGUCACAUUAGUGCAAUUUGUGGAUUCGGUGAACUUUUGGUUCGUCAUGGACAUAAAGUGACAUUUGCUCACCGCCUGAAGAAUAAGCAUCUUGCCGAUAAACGUGGCUUCCAAUUUAUCGCUUUCGAUGAAAAUAUUAUCGGCUCGUUAUUCGAGAAUAGUGUUUGCGAUUGGAUUGAUGCCAAUUCUGUUAAAUUCCGAAUGGAUCCAAUGGUUCGAUUCUCUAAUUAUUCUGAAGAAGAGAAAGAAUCACUUUCAUUGGGAAUUUAUCAAUAUCGAGCUCUUAACGAGACAUUGUCAGAAAUUCUGAAAGAACAUCAAUUUGAUGCUAUUGUUCAUGAUGGAAUGGAUUUCCUUGAGUGUCUUUACAAUUCCAAAACACCAUUGAUUACCUCACUUUCCUUGGUUCCAUCAUUACUUUACUCGAAUGCUCCACCACCAUUUUCUGGACUUUCCGUGAAAAGUGACCAAGAAUUAAGGCAAACAUUUACUGAGCACUUCGACGAUGCCCAUUCAAAGAUGACAGAGAAAGUGAAUCAACUUCUCAAAGAAUCAGGAAGAUCAGAAACAUUUAAAAUGUCGAAUUAUUUGUUACCAUUGAAAACGAUCGAACUUUUGGUUCGUCAUGGACAUAAAGUGACAUUUGCUCACCGACUGAAGAAUAAGCAUCUUGCCGAUAGACGUGUCUUCCAGUUUAUCCCUUUCGAUGAAAAUAUCAUCGGCUCAUUAUUCGAGAAUAGUGUUUGCGAUUGGAUUGAUGCCAAUUCUGUUAAAUUCCGAAUGGAUCCAAUGGUUCGAUUCUCUAAUUAUUCUGAAGAAGAGAAAGAAUCACUUUCAUUGGGAAUUUAUCAAUAUCGAGCUCUUAACGAGACAUUAUCAGAAAUUCUGAAAGAACACCAAUUUGAUGCUAUUAUUCACGAUGGAAUGGAUUUCCUUGAGUGUCUUUACAAUUCCAAAACACCAUUGAUUACGUCACUUUCCCUGGUUCCAUCAUUACUUUACUCGAAUGCUCCACCACCAUUUUCUGGACUUUCCGUGAAUAGUGACCAAGAAUUAAGGCAAACAUUUACUGAGCACUUUGACGAUGCCCAUUCAAAGAUGACAGAGAAAGUGAAUCAACUUCUCAAAGAAUCAGGAAGAUCAGAAACAUUUAAGAUGUCGACUUAUUUGUUACCAUUGAAAACGAUCGGUUUCUAUCAUUAUCCUGCUGAUAUCGAUUAUGUUGAAUGUGGACUUAAAAGGCCAGGUUGGCAUCGGAUCGAUUGUUAUGUUCGAUCUCCUGAUGAAGAUUCGCCCUUUGAAUUACCAGAGAAACUUAAAGAUAAACCAGGAAAGUUAAUCUACUUUUCAUUAGGAACUGGAGCAUCGGCUGAUUUGGUUCUAAUGAGAAAAUGUUUAUCGGCAAUGUCUCGAUCUGGACAUCGAUUUAUCGUCUCAAUUGGUCAAAGAGGUGAUCAAUUACAAUUAGCUGAUAACAUGUGGGGAGAACCUUAUAUCAAUCAAAUAAGAGCGAUCGAGAAAGUCGAUUUAGUUAUAACUCAUGGAGGCAACAAUACAUUUAUGGAAAGUCUUUACCAUGGAAAACCAAUGAUCGUGAUUCCUUAUUUCUAUGAUCAACUGGACAAUGCCCAGAGAGUCGUUGAUAAAGAGAUUGGAUAUCGAGUUAAUCCUUGGGAGUUUGAUGAAGAUUAUUUUCUUAAUUGUAUCGAGAAAGUUUUAAAUGAUCAACAAUUACAAGAAAGAGUCAAGAAAAUAUCAGAAAAUAUGAGAAACUCAAAUUCUGGUACACAAGCAGUAAAAAUGAUUGAAGAUUUGAUUGUCGAGAACAAAAAAAAAGUAAAAUCUCCAUUCACUUAAUUCAAUCGGAGAUUCAAGUUGAUUUCAAGUAAUCAACCCUCAAGGUCAAUAAUAAAUUGUAUUAAUAGCUCUUAAUUGUCUUAAUUGUCUUACUAUCCCCUUGAAAUCAUAUCGAUAAAAAUGUGAUGUAAUUUGUACACUUCGAUCAUUUGAUAAUCAUGAGUGUUUGUUGACAACAAAGACUUUAGUAUAAAACAAUCAACAUCACCUUUAAUGUUUUCAAGGGCAUUUUUUCAAUAAAGAUAAAGAAUCAAAUGUGA